GCCUCCAUAGUCCCUCCCAGGCUCCCUGGUCCGUCCCCAUCCCCUCUUCUGUCCCUUUUUAGUGUCUCCCUUCCCAUCCCGGAGUCGUAGUCCCCUCCCCGGUCCCCGCCUGCUCCCUCCCCGGUCCCCCCGCCCCACACGAUCCCUCUAUAAGGCGGCUCCGCCGCACGGUCUUCGCCGCGAUGCCACGGCUCGCCGACCCCGAGACCCUCCCGCUGCCUCCCUGCCGCUGCCGGAACCGCUCCCGGAGCCGUUCCCGGCUCCUGCCGCUUCUCGCCGCCCUCGGAGCCGCCGCUCUCGGAGCCGCCGCUGCUGCCACCGCUCUGCUGGGGAUGCUACGGGGGGGCACCCCGCCACAGGCUGCCACAGCUGCCCAUGUGCUGCUGAGUGCUGGUUCGUUGUCGGGACCUGGCUGGCGCUAUGAGGAAGGCAUCAAUGGCGUCUUCCUCAGCGGUGACGUGCAGAUGACAGCCGGGAAGCUGCAGGUGACAGCGGGCGGCCUCUACCUCCUCUACGGCCAAUUUACCCUCACCUGCACGGCCUCCUCUUGUCCCCAUGGCACCAUCGCCCUACAGCUCUCGCGCACCAGUUCACCGCGCCCAUUGCUCACCGUGCCAUUGACGCUGCCGGAUGAUGCGGGACCUGACCUGGCUCGUUCUGGUUUGACCCAAGCUGUCGGGCAGCUCCAGCCUGGGGACAUCCUCAGCCUGGAGAUGGUCGGGGACGUGGCUGGCGAUGGGUGGCAGCUGUCACAGGAUGAGCGGGAGGGCAACUUUGUGGGGCUGCUGCGUAUCGCUGGGGGGUGACACGUGGCGUGGCGAGGGGGACAACCGGUAGGGUUUGAGAUUGGUCACCCUCCUGGUUGGAAGUUGGGGAUGUCCUGCUGAUCUCUCUGGCUGACGAUUCCGGUCCAAAGACCCCCACGCCCAGAGAUUUGAGGACAUCAAGGGACACUGCAGAAGCCUGUGGCUGGAGACCUGGGGCUAGUGCACCAACUGCUUGGAGGCUGGGGGACAUCAGGAGACCUUGGAGACCUCAGUCCCUGAAGAUAUGGGACAUUGAGGGACAUCACAGACCCCUCUGCUUGAGUAGUUGAGACUGGAGACCACGUGCUCGGAGAUGUGGGGACAUCAAGGGACCUUGGGGGCCCCCAUGAUGUCCAUUAGAGGACUCCAGUGCUAGACACUUGAGGACACCCAGGGACUGGGUCUCUGUUUUGGAGACCUGGGGUCCCAGCUGCCCAGUCUCUUUUCCCCAGCCGGCCUGGGGGGGACUCCUCUCCCUUUUUAAAUUAUCUGCUUUAUUUAUUAUUCAAUAGAGUUAUUUAUGAUUUC